UGAUUGAAAAGAAGCGACAGGGCGAAAUAAUGGAUGCGUUGAGUGCAGCUGGAGCAACUGAUAUUUUGCUCAUGGCAUUUACAAACUGUAGAGUCUAGAUGUUUAAAGAGUCCUAGAUGGCUUAGAUUAAAUACACCAUUUUUUUCUUUUUUAUUCUUUUUUGAAUUCACCCACCAAAAUCUACCUGUAACAAUCGAUUAAAAAGUUAUCGAAAAGCAUAAAACUUUGGGGGUAUUUAGUGUUUUCACUACUUUCACUUCCAAGCCAAUGAACAAGGUGGUUAGCGAACACGUGUAGAUGUCCACAAGUCGAAUGGCUUGGCCUGUCAGGUUUGGGGCUGAGAGCUAAUGCAAAAUAAAUUAUAUGCUACGACCUUGUUGGGCGCGAAGCACUUAUUUUUUCUUCCACUACUUUUUCUUUGCACAUACCGUGAUGACCCACCACCACCACCAUAAUCAUCAUCACAUCUCUCAACCUUCAUCUGAGGCGGGAGAGUCAGCUCCGUCUGAUAAUGUUUCGCAACCUGUCUCAACAUACGACAAAAUUAGAGGCACUUGGAAGGAAUUUGAAGGCAAAGUAGCGGAUGAUCCUGACAAAUUCCAAGAAGGUCACGAUAUGAAGCACCCUGAAGACAAACAAGCCACUCCAUCUUCCGCCUAGCUAGGCGACCAGUUGAAUUGGGUGCGGCAUAUACUAUAGACUAUAUUUAAGUACGAUAUGAUUAAAGCGCGCG